AUGAGCGAAUCUGAUCCUGCGCUUCGUCAACGUCUCAAAGAUCUUUACCACCCUCAGAAGAUAUCUGCAGACUGUGCGAAGUACAAAGGAGUGGAGAAGCUAAUCCACGUCUAUGGAUCAGGCUUUCCAUGUCAGCCAUUCUCUUCCAUUGGGAGGGUGAUCGAUGUGGCCGCAUCCAGCAAGUUUCAAGGACAACCCAGCUUGAACAUGAUCACCGGCAGAGCCAAGGUAGUAGGAAGGGUCACACCUGAGUCAAGGAUUGAGAAAGCGGAGCUGCAAGGGUGGUCUUCAGAGAAGACUAUGGAGUUGAGCGUCCGCGAGUACGGGCUAGCGUUGGGAAACGCAUGGCCGUUGCCUGUAGCAACAAGGAUCUUAGAAGAGCUCAAUCGAGCGAUGGGAUGGUCCACAAGAUGA